AUGGCAACUGACGGCAAGAGACACGUUGCACUAAUCACUGGCAUUACCGGACAAGUAAGAUUGACUCUUAUUUUGUCGACAUAUACCGACUUAUAAAUGCAUUCGAACACUUAUUGCAAGGAACUUUUGUUUACGUAUUAUAUUUGUCCCAUGAAACAUUUUCAAAUUUCCUUAACACUGUAACCUGUUGUCCUUAGCAUGAUGAACAAUAAUUGUCUUGUAAGAUAAUAAAAUAAAUCUAAAAAAAAUAUAUAUACAUGUUAGUUACAAAAUAUUACAAAAUAUUUACUGUCAAUAAUACAUGUAAGAGUAUAUUAAGAAUAUAAAUUGUCUACUUAUAGAAUAUAAAUUUCCAUCUUAAAAAUGUAAUAAACAUCAAGUACAGAGGCUGGUUAAUAUUUAAUUCAUGUUUAAUAUUUUCAUUCAUCAUUAAAUAUUUUCAUGAUCUAUUUGUAAUACAUGUUAUGGUUUUUAUGUACUAACAUAAUCAUAAUAAUCAAGUUUUGUUAUAUUAUUAAUAAAAUUUCAAAUUGUUUUAUACGGAACAUUCUCGUUAGUAUUUUAAUACCUUUAUGAAUAGCUAUAAUUAUUUUAACGUACAUGUUUCAAGUACAUAAUUUUAAUUUUCCAGAAUACAUAUUAGUUAUUCAUAUUUUAUAUAGAAAUUAAUAUAAAGUAAAUUAUUAAUAUUAUAUUGUUACGUUUUCUUUCUAGGAUGGUUCCUACUUAGCUGAAUUUUUAUUGGAAAAAGGAUAUGAUGUGCAUGGUAUAAUCAGAAGAGCUAGUUCUUUUAAUACUGCUAGGAUCCAACAUCUAUAUGCAGAUCCAAAAUGCCACCGCCAAGGCAAAAUGAAACUUCACUAUGGUGAUAUGACAGAUUCCAGUAGCUUAAUUAAAGUAAUUAGUUCUGUACAGCCGACAGAAAUUUACAAUCUAGCUGCUCAAAGUCAUGUUAUGGUAAGUUUCGAAGUAAGUGAAUAUACUGCUGAAGUAGAUGCAGUAGGAACAGUUAGAUUAUUAGAUGCAAUACGUACCUGUGGUCUUGAAAAAUCUGUAAAAUUUUACCAUGCAUCAACAUCUGAGCUUUACGGCAGAGUGACUGAAGUACCUCAAAAUGAAAAAACUCCAUUUUAUCCUCGUUCACCAUAUGCUUGUGCAAAAUUAUAUAGUUUCUGGAUUGUGGUAAACUAUAGAGAGGCAUAUAAUAUGUUUGCAUGUAACGGCAUAUUAUUCAAUCACGAAAGCCCCCGUAGAGGAGAAAACUUUGUUACAAGAAAAGUGACUAGAUCUAUAGCAAAAAUACACUUAGGUUUGCAAGAUGUUCUUGAAUUAGGAAAUUUAGAUGCUAAACGAGAUUGGGGACAUGCAAAAGAUUAUGUUGAAGCGAUGUGGUUGAUGUUGCAACAGCCAAUUCCGGAUGAUUAUGUUAUAGCAACAGGAGAAACACAUAGUGUGAGAGAAUUUGUGGAAGCAGCAUUCCAAUAUGUAGGUCGCACUAUUAAAUGGAAAGGUGAAGGUGUAAAUGAAAUAGGGCAGGAUGCACAAACAGGACAAUUAUUGGUUAAAAUAAAUCCUAAAUAUUUUCGUCCAACGGAAGUAGUAAGCAUUAAUUAUUAAACAGUAAUUACGUUAUAAUAAUGUUAUACACGAAUAAAAAAUAUAUUUAUUUUUAUUCCUAUAGGACGUACUUCUGGGUGAUGCUAGCAAAGCGAAAGAAAAAAUUGGUUGGAAGCCUACUGUUACAUUUGAGGUAUUUAUAAAAAUUAUUAAUGUAAUGUUAAUAUAUAAUUACUGGUAAUGAAUUCUGUAUCUAAUAAGAAAUAUUAUUUUAGGCUCUUGUAAAGGACAUGAUGGAUUCUGAUUUAGAACUAAUGACGAAAAAUCCAAAUGCUUAA